AUGGCCUCGUCGCAGCAGCCUGUGCCCUCGGCGGCUACAACAUCGGCUCCCUCGCAGCAAGCCCCCACCCAGGCCUUCACGUUCGUAGAGGGAGACGACCCUGAGUUGCUCGCGUGGGAGGCCGCCCAAGCAACGGCGUCGGGAAAGGGCAAGGCGCUGAACAGGUUCGCCAGGGAUUACCCUCUCGGUGCCAACAGCAGGACGACGAGCAUCAGGGAAGGCAAUUCCACCUUGGCCGCCAGUGGUCAUCUGGUUCCGGGCGUGACGAGGGAUGCUCCGCUCCAGGAGAGCUAUCUGGAGAAGAAGGAGAGGAAGUCGUCCUCUUCACAAGACGAGAAGGAGAAGAUCCUCUCCAUCCCCUCUCAUGUAGCCGUUCAGCUCGAUUCGUUGCCUGAUGUCAGCGCGGAGAGAGACAACAAGGGGACGCGAAGCGUCUACCUGCCUGUCCAGUUUCACAUGCAGAUCAAUCUCGUUCGACGCAAGACCUUCAGCUUCAUCCUGUACAUCAUCGGAUCCAUCUUCUCCCUGGGGUUCCUCGCCUUGAUCGCCGGCUAUUGGUCGCCCGCGCUGUACAUCAAGUGGAUCUACGAGACUACCGACCCGCCGUCACCCCAAGAUUUGGCUGGCAACAAGAAGAAGCAAAGUCUUCACGCCGAAUAUGCUCCUACCUUUCACUACGCCGAACGACGCUGCCCAUGGCUCCCGCAGGACGCUCAAUCGUGUCGACGAGCAGGAGCCCAUCUCCAACCGUCACAUCCUCAACUUCCGACAUACUCCACUGGCGUGGCAUGCUCCCUCCUCGGCAUGGGUCCACCUUACGGAGUGGAGGGACGCGGCCUGUAUCACCUCGGCGCCAAGGCCGUUGGACAGGCGGAAGUCAACUUCCGCAGGAGCUUGUUCGGUCUGAACAUCAUCGACGUCAAGGGUCGAUCUCUCGUCUCUCUGACCAUCGGCGAGGCGCUGCAUCCCUUCUAUCUCUUCUCUUUCAUUGCAUGCGACCUCUGGUUCUACGAUACCUACCAGGGCUAUGCGGCAGUCAUCAUCGUCCUGUCGGUCCUCGGUAUCUUUGCGACGGUGUUCUAA